AUGGUCUGGGGUGCUCGUGGGCAAGAUGAGCCUCAAUCUCCCCCACAGGAACAGUCGAAUAAGCCUGUAGCCAGACAGAAGCUCCCCGCAAAUCUGCAACAGCUCGUCGAUCGCGAGGAUGACUUCUACGAUGACCUCUACUCUCAAUACUCGGUCGACUCGACAGAAUCACCUGUGCGCUAUGCUGCGUACGCCAACCGCAUCCGCACCAUCCUUAUCUCCGCCCAUCGCUAUGUCGCCUAUACCUCUGACAUUGGCGAGUCCUUCCGUCCGAUCGCACACCCAUGGCUCGUACGAUCUGCCUACGGUAUCUCCUGGGCAUACCUGCUCGGUGACGUUGGUCACGAAGGUUACAAGGCCUACCUCCGGAACUGGAAGGCACUCGCUCCCACUGGCGAGGCAUACAAGAGUGCUAGCCAGCCCUCGCAGGAGCAAAUCAUAAAGGGCAUGGCGACGGGGAACAUGACCAUAGGCAACUCCGCCGAGUCCAAGGAUGCGCUGCCAAACUGGACGACUCCCGAGAUCCCGCUUGCGGAGGAUUACCGUAUGGUCAUGGCCAAGCGCGCAUUGUUCCAGAGCAUUGCUAGUAUGGGACUGCCUGCAUUCACAAUCCACAGCGUCGUUCGUUACUCUGGGCAGAUGGUGAAGGGCGCCAAGAUCGCCUUCAUCCGUACCUGGACGCCGAUCGGGCUUGGUCUCGCCGUUGUCCCUUUCCUUCCCUACAUUUUCGAUGAACCUGUCGACGAGGCCGUAGAAUGGGCCUUCCGCACUGGUCUCCGUGCUUAUGGCGGCGAAGCAGCUGUCCGCCCACUGCCAGGCAAGAGCCUCCCUCCACGAGAAGAGGAAGAAGUCCGUGCUGUGGCUGCGGCAAACCUAUCCUGGGACGAGUACAAGGCCGAACGUGAACGAGCACGUGAGCUGCGUCGCAGGGAGAGUGAACAGACCGGCGGUGGUGUGAUCGGAUCGCUGACUGGCUGGUUUGGGAAGUCUGCGUCAGAAAAGAAGAAGGAUGAGUAG